AUGAGUGAUGAUUUCGAUAGGUCGAUAACGUUCGGCUGUUUCUAUGGUGGGAAGUUUGAAGUUGUGGAAGGCAAAGAUGUUUACAUCGGUGGAGGAUAUCGGUUUGUUGAAAGUCGACCCUCUUUGUUGUUUACAGAGCUGAUGAAUCAACUUCCGGUGAGUUUGUAUGGGCAGAGAGUAUGGUAUAAGGUCCCUUUUGAAGAAUUGGAGGAUAGAAAACUGUUAGCAAAUGGAGAUGGAAACUUUAAGAAGAUGUGUGCAGCUGCAAGCUAUGUCAACGCAAUUGACAUAUUUGUAGAGCCUGAAUUAAUCACAGAGGAGGUCGCAGGAGAUGAUAAUGACAACGAGGAGUCUGAGAGAGAUGAGACUGAUGGUGAUGAACCCGAGAGAGAUGAGGCUGUGAGAGAAGAUCGUCAAUUUGAAGAAGAAGCUAGAAUUGAAAGAAAUCUGGUCAAUUUUGUUGAUGAAGAGAUUGAUGAGUAUGCCACUCCGGUGUGCUCAGACGAUGAUGAUGAUGCUGAUGAUAGUAAAGGUUAUAUCAGAUACAAGAAAGGCAGUGGUGAGCUGAUGUUAAGCCAAGCAUUUGAUAGUUUGGAAGCUUUCAAACAAGGUGUGCUCGAGUAUGUGUUAAAGGAAGGAUGGAAUGUGGAAUAUAAGCGCUGGGAGAAGAACAAGUCAGAGGUUAAAUGUGCAAGUGAGCCCGAAGAAGGAGAAGAAGAGUGUAUGUGGAGGAUUUACUGUUCUUAUGAUGAACCAUUACAAAAAUGGUUGGUUAAGGUGUAUGUGAAGAAACACACUUGUAUGAAGAGUGGGCGUUCAAAAAUACUUAGUCAAGAAGUGAUUGCUAAGCUAUUUGUGAAUGAGCUUCGGGAUAAUCCUAAGUACAUGCCAAGAGAAAUUCAGAGUGAAAUUCAGAAGCGUUGGCAUUUGACUACAACAAUAGAUCAGUGUAGAAAAGCAAAGAAAAGGGCCUUAGAGAUGAUCCAAGAGGAGCACGACUUACAGUUCUCAAGGUUGAGAGAUUAUCGGCUUGAGCUAAUUAGUUCUAACAAGGAUUCGACGGUGGAGCUAGAGACAAUCCACGGAGAGCACGAGGAAGACAUUUUUUACAGAUUUUAUGUCUGUUUUGCUGCUUUGAAGAAGACAUGGAGCUCCCUCUGUCGGCCUAUUUUUGGACUGGAUGGUUGCUUUCUUAAGUGCACAAUAAGUGGUCAGUUGUUAGCAGCGGUUGGAAGAGAUGCGAACAAUCAAAUGUUCCCCAUUGCUUGGGCUGUUGUAGAUGUCGAAAACGAAGUUAACUGGAGAUGGUUCAUUGAGAAGCUGAAGAGUGAUUUGAAUCUCCAAAACGGUGAUGGUUUUACCCUUAUCUCGGAUAGACAGAAGGGUUUACUGAAUGCUGUUUCUGAUUUGCAACCGAGAGUUGAGCAUAGGAUGUGUGCAAGACACAUUUACGCAAACUUAAAGAAGAAGCACCCAAACAGAGCUGACAUGAAAAGCUUAUUCUGGAAGGUUGCGAAGAGCUACAACAAGCCUCACUAUGAAAAGAGGAUCAGGGCAGUGGAGGCAUACGACGUGAGUGUCUAUGAGUCAAUGAUGUCGAAGAAUCCAAAAAACUGUAGUCUUGCAUAUUUCACACCGACAUCUACGUCUGAUGAUGUAAGUAACAACAUCUCAGAAUCCUUUAAUAGUGCUAUUGACCCUGCAAGAUCAAUGCCUCUGGUGGAAAUGUUGGAGACUAUACGCAGAAGAGCAAUGCUGCGCAUGGAGGCAAGAAAGGUUAAAGCAAUGAAGCAUAGAGGAAAGUUCAGUAUUAAAGCAAUGGAAAAGGUCGAUGAGGAGCAGAAAAAAAUUGUCAACUGUACAAUAUAUCCUUCCGGGCAUGAGACCUUUGAGGUGAAGGAGAAAAAGUCAGCAUUCAAGGUGAAAAUGCUUGAACGGACUUGCACAUGUCGGAGGUGGCAGAUGUCUGGUUUACCUUGCCGCCAUGCUCUUAAGGUGAUUUCCCAGAAAAAACGGCGGCAAGAGGAUUAUAUGGCUGAUUGCUAUCUGACUUCUCGAUGGAGGAUGCAAUACAGCACACCUAUAGAGGUUGUUCGUGGUGUGAAUUUUUGGGAAAAAACUGUUGACUCUGUGAUCGUGCCACCCAAGAGAAACAGAACCAACAAGAGGAAGAAAGAAAACUCCAAAGAGGAUCAAAGGGAAGAAUGA